GCGACUGUCCAGCCAGUCCCCGCUCUGGUUGUGAUCUGUCGAUCUGCACCCAGCAAGCCAACCAAACACUAGCUUUAAUCGAGUCGGCUGCCGCCAUGGAUUUGUCGCCGGUUGAGUUCCCCAGAGAUGCCGAAGCCCUGCUCAGAUCGCACAUGAGCCCCGGCGAGUGGUCCAGAAUCUGCGAGGCGCUGGCUGUUCCUCCCAGAACCACCUUCCUGCGGGUCAACACACUGAUCUGGAGUCGAUCCGAGGCGCUGCAGGCGACCCAGGCGUAUGUCGACGAGCAAUGCGCCGCAAAAGGAUGGCCAUCGUUCACCGUCCAAUGCCACCCGCAGGCCCCUGACGUCCUUUACGUCAACGGUGUCGGGCCUCUGACUGCUCAGCCCGUGGAGAAAGAGGUGAUCGUCGAUGUCCUUUGCGGCAAUGCUGUUCUGCGCGGAGCCGAUGUCUUUGCGGUCGGCGUUCUGGCUGCCGAGUCGCCGAUGAAGCGGGGCGACAGGGUUGCCGUCUACGUCGAUCUCGACGGGGCUUGCUUGCGGGGACAGAAGGAGAGAUACCACGGCCGGAAGGUGUUCAUCGGUAACGGCAUAGCUCUGCAGGGCCGCGAAGAUAUCUAUAUCUACACGCCAAAGGAACUUGCAGGCCGAGGUGUUGGUAUCCAGAUGACCGAGCCGCUCUAUCGAUCGCCCUCGUUUUCAUCCAUGAUCCACGAAGGAGUAUUCCUGCAGAAUCUGCCCAGCAUCCUCGUCGGCCAUGUUCUCGAUCCCAAGCCUGGAGAGUUGAUUUUGGACAUGUGUGCGGCUCCUGGAGGCAAGACAACGCAUAUCGCCAAUCUGACAAACAAUCAGAGCACCAUCAUAGCCCUUGACCGCUCUCGGCCCAAAAUCGAGCGCCUCAGGGAGCACCUUGACAGCCAGGGCUAUACCUCCAUCAAGGCAUUCUCAUGCGAUGCAACAUCGUGUGUCAUGAGCCAGGAAGAAACGGCUGCAUGGGAAUCCAGCCCAGAAUGGCCCUCGUCCAUCAAGCUCCGGCGUCUACCUCGACAACGGUUUGAUCGGAUCAUCUGCGAUGCCCCCUGCAGCGCCUUAGGUCAGCGACCUGCAUUCAAUGCCACCAUCACGGUCCCAGUGCUGUCUCAUCAUCCACAGUACCAGCGUCAGAUUCUCCAUGCGGCCCACGCCCUCUUGAAGGAAGGCGGCAUGCUCGUCUACAGCACCUGCACAUUCUAUGCCGAGGAAAACGAGUGCAAUGUCGCCUUCAUCCUCGAAACUUUUCCCGAUAUGGAGCUGGUGGACAUUCCGAUCCAAUUUCGGCUGGGACAGCGAGGGCUGCCGGUACCUGGGCUGCGCGAAGAACAUCUGGCCAAGUGCUGGCGGUUCAAUCCUGGGUCGCCAUGCGGCGUCGGUAUCGCUGGCGAGGAGCUCGAGAGCAUUGGCUUUUUCUUUGCCCUCUUUCGUAAGAGGCUGCAGCCGUAGCGCCUGUACCUGAACGAAUCGCACGCCCAAAUGAGCAAUACAUCAUCCGGACAAACAAGCUGUCUACCAGUG